ACAAGCAUAAAAGAAGGAUUACUACUGAAGCAAACCAGUUCUUUCCAGAGGUGGAAAAAGCGUUAUUUCAAACUUCGAGGUCGUACCCUUUACUAUGCUAAGGAUUCAAAGUCUCUAAUAUUUGACGAAGUUGACCUGUCAGAUGCCAGUGUAGCUGAAUCAAGCACAAAAAAUGUCAACAACAGCUUCACGAUAAUCACCCCGUUCAGGAGGCUAAUAUUGUGUGCUGAGAACAGAAAAGAAAUGGAGGAUUGGAUAAGCUCUCUGAAGUCUGUACAGUCCAGAGAACACUAUGAG